UCCUUUCUUGGAUUGUGCUCUAUAGUAUAGUUCGAAGUUUCGCUCUUCUUUUGUAGCCUAUUAUUCCCGCACAAAAUCGUCGAACAUGCGAUGCCACUGAAUUUCGAUAAAAUAUAACUAUUCAGUUCGUUGAAUUAUUCCCCAGCCAGACGUAUCAAUCCGCUUUACAUCCGCGCAAAAAAUACCACAUCGCACAAUAAUUUCCAUCAACUUCAUCCGCAAACAAUUACUCUUCAAAAUAAAACUCUCUCUCCCUCGCGAUACCAAACAACCUGAUCAAAUCCACGGCAACGCUCCAGCGAAUCCUCUUACAGGUCGUCGCAUGCACACACUGCGAGCAUUACAGUAUCCAUCUCCGCGGCUGUAUAUCGACAGGCGCAAUUAAUUCCUUUGUCCGUCGCGCGCUCUGCGCCUAGCAUUAGCCAUCGACUCGAAAAAAAAAAAAAAUAGAAUACACCUCCAUCGGUAACAAUGGCAGCGGAAAUUUAUCGAUCAAUCAUCUCUCGCUGUCCAAAAAUCGUCACUGUGACUGACAAUACCGUCAAAAGGGCUGCACGCGCACAGCUAAGCCGAAGAGGGAAGGAAAAAAAGUCCACGAAAUCUGGGCUACCGCGCUUCGAACUAUCGCGAACGAUGUUAAGGUCAGUAAGUGCCGGUGAAAGUGGAGCAGAGGCGCUGCAUGUACGUCUAUGUGCAUAUAGGCAGACAGAGAGGCGCAGCAGAAAAGAAUAGGAAGAAUAAGCGAGUAGCAGCAUAGGAGACGGAAGGACGAUAUAUAAGACUCUCGUCCCGACCAUUGAGCGUAUCGUAUGCCUUGUAUAUGCGGGCGAUACAGUAUAGCUCACUUCUCACCCAGUGACCCCAUGGUGUCAGCCGCGGUACCAGGCACGGCUUAUGGAUUGGCCGGAACGCCUCGGGGGUGGGUUAGCUCCGUUGCUAUAGAGAAGCUUUAGUCACGAGUCAAGCUGCCGAUUUUCGGGCAGCAGCGGCGGCAGUACGGCUGCUGCUCCUGCACUCUGUGUCGCUAUACACCUGCCAUGCCGUCGUCGUCGGGGCUUUGCUCGACGUGGACGAUGGUCAGCUGAUGAUUAUAACGCGCCUCGAAAGUUCGCGGACUCGUAUGCCGAGAUUGGCGCAUGCGCUCCGGGAAGGACAAUGCGGAUGUGCUGUGCGAACAAGGUGUAUUAUAACGGAUUGCGCUGCUGUUGACCUCGUGUCUGUGAUACAUCGUACAGUGUGCGCUGGCUUCUGUGGUGUUUUAAUGGUGUUUUAUCAUCGACGGUUUAUCGCUGCGGUGUGUCUGUGCGCACUGAUGGUUGGUCGAGUAUACAGGUUUGAUCGUUCGCGUUGCGCGAAUUGUAACGCUCCGCGGAAUUCCGGUGAAUUGGAUCGCGCUGAUGCAUAGAUUAUAGCGAAGGUCUCGGGUUGCCGCAUCGAAUCCGAGAUUGGCACUUUAACCCUUUCGAAGAACGACGCUCGUGAUGCUGCGUAACUCUUCGGCAAACGCUGAUCGAUGUUAAAUCGUUAAUUAUUACAAAUACAGGGAAUAACAGCUUAUGAAUCCGUACACGUCGAAAUUCGUUACAUAAUGCAAAAGCGAGUUACUCGAGGCACUAGCAUGGCUAUCAUCCAUUGCGCGGAGCGAUUAAUUUUCGAGAAUCGCGAAUCGAUAUCAGGCCGAGUGCACUGUUCGGAAUUAGAUAUUUAGCAUUUAACGACGUAUUAACAUUACAUGCUCGUAUUUACGCAUUAGCUGCUCGAAUAUGCACCUCACGCCGAAGAGAGAGAGAGAGAGAGAGAGAGAGAGAGAGAGAGGACAUGAUCGGCUUCCCAUAUUUUAUUAAUCUUUUCGGGUAUGCGUAUCACGAUUAUUGAAAUUUUGAAUAACGCGCUGCACACCCGAGCUCGCGAAAUUACUACGUAGAUCAAACGUGUAUACGAACCAAUCGUCAGUCCAACGUAUAACAUCCCGCAGAGAGAGAGAGAGAGAGUGAACGAGUCUCCAUGAAGUUCCAGGGCAGGCAGUAGAAUUAACGAAAAAAUAAAAUAAAUAAAUCGGCGCCAAGUGUAUCGAGAGGCCGGCGCUGAUGUCUGAAUGGGUGGGGCAUGCUCCUGUCAGGGUCGAGACAGCCAGGUCAAUGCUGGCUCGAUCCUCGAUCGCGUGAUCAGCCAGGCGAGCGACGAGGACCAAUGUCUGCUCUACCGGCUGGCCAACUACAAGAAGGGCGGCGAGCUGAUCGAGGCCUACAACCAGGGCGGUCAAGCCGAGGUCGAGCGUCUGAUCCGCGAGCAGUUCGGCAUCCUCAUGUACGCCGACGGCAAGGGUCAGACGAUCAACCGGGCAGAGUACCUCCGCUGGAAGUUCCGGGACCUGGACCAGGUCAUCCUGCCGAUCGAGGCGUCCCUCUCGCGCUUCGAUCCCUUGGCCCAGUGGUCGGAUCACGAGGCCUGCUGGCAGAUGCAGUACCGCGGCUCGCUGGGAGAGACGCUGCUCCACGUGCUCAUUAUCUGCGACACCCGCACCCACACCCGGAUCGCGAGGACGCUGCUCAAGUGCUUCCCCAGACUGGCCAUAGACGUGGUCGAGGGAGAGGAGUACCUCGGCGCGAGCGCGCUGCACCUGGCCAUAGCCUACGCUAACAACGAGCUGGUCCAGGAUCUCGUCGAGGCCGGGGCCAUAGUGUCGCAGCGGGCCAUAGGAAGCUUCUUCCUGCCGAGGGACCAGCAGAGGCCCCGACCGGCUAAGAGCACCGACUACGAGGGACUGGCCUAUCUCGGCGAGUACCCGCUCGCCUGGGCGGCCUGCUGCGCCAACGAGAGCGUCUACAACCUGCUCCUCGACUCGGGAGCCCACCCCGACGAGCAGGACACCUUCGGCAACAGCAUCCUCCACAUGGUCGUCGUCUGCGACAAGCUGGACAUGUUCGGCUACGCUCUGCGUCACCCGAAGCUACCAGCGAGCAACGGCAUAGCUAACGCAGCCGGCCUGACCCCGCUGACACUCGCCUGCCAGCUGGGACGUGCCGAAGUCUUCCGCGAGAUGCUCGAGCUCUCCGCCCGGGAGUUCUGGCGAUACAGUAAUAUCACUUGCUCGGCGUAUCCGCUCAACGCACUCGACACGCUGCUGCCCGACGGAAGGACGAAUUGGAACUCGGCCCUGUUCAUCAUUCUCAACGGUACGAAGGAGGAGCACCUGGACAUGCUGGACGGCGGCAUCAUACAGCGGCUGCUGGAAGAGAAGUGGAAGACCUUCGCUCGGCUGCAGUUCUUGAAGCGGCUCGUAAUCCUCGUCUUUCACCUGGUGUCGCUGUCGCUGGCCGUUUACUUUCGGCCCGCGGACACUGACGCCGAGUUGGCCCAGUGGCCCGAGGAGAUCACCGACGUCGUCAGAGUCAUCGCCGAGUGCGUCACCGUCCUCGGCGUCUUGGGUUACAUUCUACUCCAGCUCGGAGGGGAGAUCGUCAACAUCGGCUUCUUCUCCUUUUUCAAACAGCUGAGCCACGAACCUGCCAAGUUCAUAUUUCUCAUCAGCAACCUCCUGAUUCUGGCCUGCAUCCCGUGCAGACUGUCCGGCGACCGACACACCGAGGACGCCAUUCUCGUGGUCGCCGUUCCGGGCUCCUGGUUUCUCCUGAUGUUUUUCGCCGGGGCAGUACGUCUGACCGGACCCUUCGUCACGAUGGUCUAUAGCAUGAUACUCGGCGACAUGCGGACUUUUGGCAUCAUCUACAUGAUCGUCAUCUGCGGCUUCACCCAGGCGUUCUACUUCCUCUACAAGGGCUACCCGGGAGUGAAGACGACCCUCUUCCAUUCCUACCCCUCGACGUGGAUGGCGCUAUUUCAGAUAACUCUCGGCGAUUACAGCUACUCGGACCUCAGCAUGACGACCUACCCCAAUCUCAGCAAAGCGGUCUUCACCAUCUUCAUGGUCCUCGUGCCGAUCCUCCUGCUCAAUAUGCUGAUAGCCAUGAUGGGAAACACGUACGCGCACGUGAUCGAGCAGAGCGAGAAAGAAUGGAUGAAACAGUGGGCGAAAAUCGUGGUUUCGCUGGAACGAGCUGUGUCGCAGGACGACGCGCACAAUUACCUCCAGGAGUACAGCAUAAAAUUGGGCCCAGGAGACGACCCGAACGAUCCAGCCUCGGAGCAACGGGGCGUCAUGGUCAUAAAGAGCAAAUCGAAGACUCGGGCUCGUCAGCGGAAAGGCGCCGUUGCUAAUUGGAAGAGAGUCGGAAAGGUAACGAUCGCCGAGCUGAAAAAGCGUGGCAUGACCGGGGAGGAGCUUCGUCGCAUCAUGUGGGGCCGAGCGUCCUUUUCCACGCCGGUCAGGUCCAGCCCGAUCCUGAUGGAGCCGGUGUCAUCAGUGCCAGGCGGUUUCGGCGACGCCCUGACGUCAGCCCUCGACGUUAUGACUUUCGCCGCCGAUGUGCCGGUGCCCAUUGAGGGUAGUAUACCCAAGCCAGUCGCCGUCGCCCCGGGCCAACAGCCGACUACAACACUUGCACUACCCAAUGGAGCUGCGAAACCUCAACAGCCGAUGAUGACAACGUCGACGACAACGACGACGAUCACGACGACAGUGCAGAAGACUCUCGUUACCGGCACUGCUACAACACCGGCGGUGGGCGUUACGAAGACCGUCGCGGUUCCAGCGGCGACCACCGUCAGCACCACAACGACUCGAGCAUCAGCAUCAGCAGUGCCCCCCACAGUUCGGCCGUCAGAGCUCGGUCCAGCCUCGGCCCCUUGCAGCGCCGACCCACUGCUGGAGUUGAUGCUCGCGACGGAGGAUCCAGGCUCGUCGGAGGAGACUCUGCAGCGUCUGGCGCACUCGGCCCGGAUCGUGGGCGAGAGCGCCACCACCAGCGCCAAGUCCGAUAUCGAUUCGAGCUUCCUCGAGAGGCUUGCGCUCGGAGGUCUCGGACUCGCCGCGAUGCCCGAACAGCCUGACAAGCCCGUCGAGCCCAAGAAGAAGCAGUAUCUCGUCGAGUCCAGCGAUAACGAUAUCUGUGCGAACGACGGUCAGCUGGGAACGGAGGCUCGACUGCGGCGCAUCAGGUCGGCCAGUAGCCGGCUAGCCCCGACGACGACGACGUCGACGUCGCGACGGAAGUCCGGCCAGCAGAAGCAGCAACGCGAAGCCAGGGACGACGAGAGCACCUCGUCCGCCGCUUCGCUCGACAACAUUUCCGGCUACCAGCCGCUCCUGAACGAGCCGGACACCACCGCGGACCAGCCUGCCACGGGAACAGAGGACAAUAAGCCGGCCAACGGCAGGAACCUACGCAAGAGACCCAAGACCGCGAGGAAUCGAGUAUCGCCGAAGGAGACAAACGAGAUUACGGAGAAGACGUCGUCGGAGUGUAACAAGCCAGUUCCUCCGGGAUCGCCGCCUCCCUCGGCCGAUCCGCUCGAGCCCUGGAGCACGCGCGACAUCAAAGACAUGAACGCGAUACUAGCCUGGAAGGAGCCCGGCCCGGACAGCCCUUGAUCUUCCUGCCGCUCGUUGUCUCUCUCUCUCUCUCUCUCUCUCUCUCUCUCUCUCUCUCUCUCUCUGCCGAAUCGAACGAGAAGCCUCUCUCCUAUUGUUCGCCAGAGAGAGAGAGAGAGAGAGAGAGAGAGAGAGAGAGAGAGAGAGAGAGAGACGCGACGUCGUCGCCCAACUCAAUCUUCUGGGAAUACGGAUUCUGAUGAGAUUUUUUUUCUCUCUAUUCCUCUCGCACAAACGUCAGGCGUUAUAGAAUCAGAGGUCAAGGCUCUUGUAUACAUACUCUCGCGGAAAAUCGACGUGUGCGAUGAGUUUUCGACGACUAUAUGUAUUGGGAGUGAUUGCUAUGGAGAUUUGUAUGCUGAAACUGUAAUAGUGGACUUUUGUAUACGACUUAGAGAAUUGUUUCUUUGUAAAUAUUACAUCGUAACCGCGUAUCGAGCACCUCGACGAUUAAUCAUGUUAUUUUUUGAAGGACAAAUCGAAAAAGAACAAAAUCGCCAUUCCUCACCCGCACACCUCGCUAUCUCUCUAACCUCUCCGCCCCCCCCCCCCCGCCCUUCUUCCCUCUCUAUCUCCGAACGAGCUUUUUUCUCCGCCCGCGCAGGAUAUAUAGCGUGUUUUAAUUAUCCCAUUUAUUAAAGGGCCGAGCGAGAUUUUUUCGGCCCCGUCGCGCGCACUGCAUUCAUUAUCCAUCCCCGCGUACGGUAGCAGUGGCUCUGUGUGUGUUUUCAAUCCGGAUUUUUUAAUUACUUUCGUUUAUUAUUUAUACCUGCGAGCUCUCGCAUAUUGCCCUCGCGCGCGAUUUUUCACGCGGCUACGCGUAAUUGAGCGCCGCGCUUUUUCCCGUUUUGGCUCUCUCGAGGUGCUACUGGUGCGUAUGUGUCGCGUUGGUUUUUUUGAUAUAACCCUAUGUAUGAGUAUAAUACACGCGGAGAUUUGUAUUAGCCUCUAAGAUCGAUUAGCGCCGCCGUCGCGCGUGUUUAAGCGCGAGAGAUGCGUAAUGAAGAUUGUAAAUAAAUUUAGAUAAGGUUAUACGCUAUGUACGAGCGAGCGCGUCGUUACCCUAAUGGUAUUUAAAUUUGAUUUAGACGCGAUAAUCCCGCGACAUUUAUGAAUAAUAAAGCAUCGUCGCGCUCGCUCUCGCGGAGUAUACGCAACUUUGUAAAAUUCAAUUUAAAAUUUCCCGCGCGCGCUUCGCUUGUGUUUACUAUCUCCUGCCGGUGCGUCCUUUCGUAUAAACUAGUGUAUUGAUUCUCGAGAUUGUAAUCGAUCCCGCGAGCGCUUAAGUGAUGAAAACGCACUCGAGCCGAUUGCUAUUACUGAAAGUUGGCGACGAUUUUCCGAUUCGCGACGAUACCACGACGUGUUCAUUGGAGAGUAUUGUACGGUCGAGGGAUUAAAUAAAUAUGAUGUUGAAAAAUUUA